GUUGGGUCGGGGUACGGUGUGUGUGUGUGUGUGUGUGUGUGAAUGCUUUUUGAUAACUACCCGAGGUUUGCCCGGUAUGAUGCGUGGGAAUAAUUUUCAAAAGAUUCCCAGGAUGUGUUUUGGAAAAAAAAAAUUCCCAGGAUGUGUUUUGGGAAAAAAAAAAGAUUCCCAGGAUGUAAUGGUAUGACGUAGUUAUUGUUGUUGUGUUUUUGAGUGACAGUAGCAAGUGGGGGGCCCCGUUCUGCUAAGCGUGACUAAUAAUUGAACAGGUGUCGUGGUGUUUUUCUCCUCACAAUACUAUAAAAACUGGCCGUAAAAGAGACAGAUUGGUGCGGAGAGUGACUUUUCUGCAAAACCAUCGUCAUGGAUUCUCCAGACAGAUCGUCUAAGGCUCAAGCCGGAUCUCCGAUCUUGAAUUCCUUGAGCAAAUGGCGCUAUCGCACAUUCAUUCGGGACAACUUACAAAAGCGUGGAAUACCUUAUUUCGUGUGGCCAAACAGCCUAAAACGACUGAAACUGAAGGAGCAACCCCUGAGGACCAGUCAAAUUUUGAGCGCGAGGAAGGUCUUCGUUCGCAAUGACAUAACUAAACACUGCUGGCCCCGUUCGAUUCGGGAAGAAAACGAUGUUACACCUUCGCAGAAGAAAAAGCAGGAAAUCGACAGAUUCAGAGCGGACGACAGUCUGUUUAAACCGAGCAUAAAGAGGAGAUGUCUUUCGAUGACGUAUUUGACAAUUUUGCCGAAAGAAACCCGGCUGAACAAUCGCUACAUCGUUUUCCGUCAGAGCAGACUGUUUCACAGUGACAAGCCGACUGAAGUCUCCAUUUCUGAAAAGGAGUUGUACCUGUUAAACCAGACCGUCCCGAAAACGAAUGAAGUGGGGGAAUUGCAUGCUAUGAUCUUACAGGCCAGAAACAGGUCAUGCAUGGUUCGCGACACAAAACACAAGACCGAACUGUCCAGGUCAGCUACAAUCACACUGAAGGUCAGAUCCGCGCAUUAUUUGCGUCAAAUCACCCUGACCAUCACAGGGCUCAAGACCCCUGAGUUUACCUACAGAGUUCGACUGGAAGUGUGCACGUCACCUGUGAUAAGGCAUGAAAACGUGUGCUCCAGCGAUGAUGAUCAGUGGAUUUUUUAUUUUGCCCCUACUGAAAAAGAAGAGCACGUCCAGCUGAUUGAAAUAACUUUGCGGGAGAGCGAACUACUGGAUAUUUAUCACGCGGUCAAACAUGUUCUGACAGCCAGCGUAAUAUGCGGUUGCGACAGCUGUCAUAUUCCACGCCCGACGAGUCUGAUGUCUAAAUACCAAGAUGACAAAACAGCGAUGCGCAUGUGCGAGGACAUGCCCAGCGGGAGAGAUUGGGGGUGUUCCCCCACUCACCAGCCAGAACACGAUGAAGAGAGUUCUGAUCUAGACCUCGUGGAACGUAAAAAAGCGGCGAAAAUGACAUUUCAGAUUCGACCAGCGCCAGCGAGGUAGAAGAAGAGGAACAGGAAGUCUCCGGCGUGACCGAUCUGGACAGCGAUGAAUUUAUCGUGGUGGACGAGGACGCCUUACAAAGCCGACCUUCUUCGCCGGCUGACAUCGAGCAGCGUGAGAGAGAGAACGCGAGCGCUUUCUCAGGAACGGGGUCAAAAGGUCAAUGCGAGGAACCUCUUGACGCCGGCGCCAGCUCGGAAAGUCAGAGCGAGAAGCCUUCGGACCUCAGUCUGAAGGACCGAGCCACGAAAAUUGUGGAAUUUAUCUGGGCAAGAGCGAUCAUCCUGGCUGUUCGUCAAUG